AUGGAUUCCCCUCGUACUAAAACCAAGUCUCUAUCCAAAAAUCUCUUCAUCUUAUUCCUUCUACUAUCCACAAAUCUCCUCACCUUGUUCUUUGCAUCAACCUUUUACUCUUCUUGCUCCCUCACAAACUUCCCCACCACCAACGUCACCGCCACUCUCUCGUCCCAUGUCCCUCCACCAACUACCACCGUCAACCUUCCAUCAGAAUUCCUUGCCUUCACUUCUGCCCAACUCCUCCCUUUUGGUUUCAACACUAACUUCGAUUCCGACACCAUCUACCCGCCCGUUGGCAGCUCUUGCACUCGAUUCCCCAACGAACUCAAUCGAUAUAUGUCAUAUACAAUCAACGGAUCAUGCCCCGACGAUGAGCUCCUUGCACAAAAACUCCUCCUCAAGGGCUGCGAGCCCCUCCCCCGCCGCCGCUGUCGCCCCGCAGCACCACCCUCUUAUGUCGAACCUUACCCUCUCCCCACAAGUCUCUGGACCACACCCUCCGAUUCAUCAGUUGUUUGGACAGCAUACACAUGUAAGAACUACAAUUGUCUCAUCAACCGACACACGCAAAAGGGUUUUGACGAUUGUAAAGACUGUUUUGAUCUUGAAGGGAGAGAGAAAACUCGUUGGUCAUCUGAAAAAAGCAGUAAUGGAGGACUUGAUUUCACCAUUGAUGAAGUGUUGGCUACAAAGAAACCCGGCACCAUUCGAAUAGGACUCGACAUCGGCGGUGGCGUUGCCACUUUUGCCGUAAGAAUGAUGGCGAGGAACAUCACAAUCGUCACAACUUCAAUGAAUCUGAACGGCCCGUUCAAUAAUUUUAUUGCUGCGAGAGGGGUGGUGCCUUUGUAUAUAAGCAUUUCACAGAGGCUUCCGUUUUUUGAUAAUACAUUGGAUAUUGUUCAUUCGAUGCAUGUUUUGAGCAACUGGAUUCCUACGACGUUGUUACAUUUUUUUAUGUUUGACAUAUACAGAGUUCUUAGGCCAGGUGGGUUGUUCUGGUUGGACCAUUUCUUCUGUGUGGAAGAGCAGUUGGAAGAGGUGUAUACGCCGCUGAUUGAAAGCAUUGGAUUCAAUAAGUUGAAGUGGGUAGUUGGGAGGAAGCUUGAUCGAGGAGCAGAGCUUCGAGAGAUGUAUCUUUCUGCUUUGUUGGAGAAGCCAUUGAACAACUCUUACAAAGAUUAA